UUGAGUUUCCCAGAGAAGGAAAAGUCUUUCACUUAACGAGGAAAAACCUCAAAUAUUGUUAGGGUUUGAUAGAGCGGAAUAUCGCGUAUUGUUGGCAUGGACUGACACCUCCUCACCAGGAGCUUCAAAAACACGAUGGCAACGCGUUUUCUGAGGUGGAUCAUUCUCACCUCUUUGCUCUGCUUGGGCUCUUGUCUUCCAGCGGAAAAGAAAGUAUGUCAAGGUAUCACCAACCGUUUAAACCUUCUUGGCUCUAAAGAGGACCACUACCUGAACAUGGUGAAGACUUACAGCAACUGCACUGUGGUUCUGGAGAAUCUGGAGGUCACUUACAUGGAAGAGCACCGUGACCUCUCCUUCCUCAAGUCAAUUGAAGAAGUGGGAGGCUAUGUCCUGAUUGCCCUCAACACAGCUUCUAGGAUUUCUCUGGAUAACUUGCGCAUCAUCCGUGGUCAUUCCCUCUAUGAGGGAGCAUUUGCCCUCGCUGUGCUUGCUAACAGUAACAAAACCACAGGUCAAGGCACCAGUGAGCUUCUUCUGACCAGCCUCACAGAAAUUCUUAAAGGAGGUGUGAAGUUUGGAACCAACCAGCUAUGCAAUGUGGAGACAAUACAGUGGUAUGAUAUUGUUAACACUGACAACAAACCCAACAUGGAGCUCCCCAUGGCCAGCAACAAUCCACUUUGUAAAAAGUGUGACUCAAGCUGCUUCAAUGGUUCAUGCUGGGCAUCUGGUCCUCAAAAUUGUCAGACCUUAACAAAGCUGAACUGUGCACAGCAGUGCUCCAAGAGAUGCAGAGGACCUUCACCCAGUGACUGCUGUAAUGAACAUUGUGCAGCAGGCUGCACAGGACCCAGGCCCACUGACUGUCUGGCCUGUCGGGACUUCCAGGAUGACGGGGUGUGUAAAGACUCCUGUCCGGGCCUCUUGCGCUACGACCCCAACUUGCACCAGCUGGUACCCAACCCACAUGGAAAGUACAACUUUGGGGCCACCUGUGUCAAGAGCUGCCCACAUAACUAUGUUGUGACUGAUCAUGGAGCAUGUGUGCGGACGUGCAGUGGUAACACAUACGAGGUGGACGAGGGAGGAAUCAGGAAGUGCGCCAAAUGUGACGGACUGUGUCCCAAAGUGUGUAAUGGACUUGGAACAGGAGACCUGACUCACACCCUGUCCAUCAAUGCAACCAACAUUGAUUCCUUUAAAAACUGCACAAAAAUCACUGGUAACAUCGCUUUCAUUCACACAUCAAUUUAUGGGGAUCCAUACACCAAAACGCCAAAGAUGGACCCUGCUCAGCUUGAUGUAUUUAAGACCGUUAAAGAAAUUACUGGGUACUUGUGGAUUCAAACGUGGCCAGAGAGCAUGAGUUCACUCAGUCCUUUUGAGAAUCUGGAGAUCAUUCGAGGACGAACUAAACGUGGUAGCCGCAGCAUGGUGGUGACUCAGCUCAGUGUCAGCUACCUGGGCCUUCGUUCCCUCAAAGAGGUUAGCGAUGGAGAUGUGUUCAUCAUGAAGAACAAGAACCUCUGCUACACCAACAAAAGCCACUGGACACGGCUCUUCAAAUCAGACAGCCAAAGUGUUACUUUAGGGGAAAAUGUUGAUACUUCCACAUGUGCCCUGAGGAACAACACUUGUGACAGGAAGUGUACCAUAGAAGGCUGCUGGGGCCCGGGUCCGGAUAUGUGUUUUGCCUGUCGUGACUACAGCCGUGAUGGGAGCUGUGUUGACUCCUGCAACAUCCUGGAAGGAGAGCCACGGGAGGCAGUCGUGAAUAAAACUUGCAUGGAGUGUCACCCGGAGUGUCAGCGAAUGAAUGGGACUGCAACCUGCAGUGCUCCUGGUUCUGGAAACUGUACCAAGUGUGCCAACUUCAGAGAUGGACUGUUCUGUGUGUCUCGCUGUCCUCAAGGGGUGCCAGGGGAGGACGACACACUUGUGUGGAAAUACGCAGAUGAGAUGAAAGUGUGCCAGCUAUGUCACAAAAACUGCUCUCAAGGGUGCAUUGGGCGUGGUCUUGAAGGCUGCCAGAGAAAAAGCCCUUCCGGUCUCUCUAUGAUUGCGGCCGGUGUUGUCGGUGGUCUGCUGGCUGUCCUUGUUGCAGGCCUGUCUGUCUUUGUGUUGCUACGCCGACGCCACAUCAAGAGGAAGAGGACAAUGCGCAGACUUCUCCAAGAGAGAGAGUUGGUUGAACCACUGACUCCCAGCGGCGAGGCACCAAACCAGGCUCUGCUGCGGAUCCUGAAAGAACCUGAAUUUAAGAAAAUCAAAGUCCUAGGAUCAGGGGCUUUUGGGACGGUUUACAAGGGCCAGUGGGUUCCAGAGGGAGAGGAUGUGAAGAUCCCAGUGGCCAUCAAGGUUUUGAGAGAGGCCACAUCACCAAAAGCAAACAAAGAGAUCUUAGACGAGGCUUAUGUGAUGGCCAGUGUUGAACAUCCCCAUGUGUGUCGUCUCCUGGGUAUCUGCCUGACCUCCACAGUGCAGCUCGUCACCCAGCUGAUGCCCUACGGCUGUCUGCUGGACUAUGUCAAAGAAAACAAGGACAAUAUCGGCUCCCAGUGCCUUCUCAAUUGGUGUGUGCAGAUAGCAAAGGGUAUGAGCUACCUGGAGGAGCGCCACCUGGUACACCGUGACUUGGCUGCCAGGAACGUCCUGGUGAAGACUCCUCAACAUGUCAAGAUCACAGAUUUUGGUCUGGCCAAGCUUCUCAAUGCAGAUGAGAAGGAAUACCAUGCAGAUGGAGGAAAGGUACCAAUAAAAUGGAUGGCUCUUGAAUCUAUCCUGAACAGGACGUACACACACCAGAGUGAUGUAUGGAGUUAUGGUGUUACAGUUUGGGAGCUGAUGACAUUCGGGACCAAACCAUAUGAUGCGAUUCCAGCCAGUGAAAUAGCUGGUGUCCUGGAGAAAGGGGAGCGUCUGCCUCAACCACCAAUCUGUACCAUCGAUGUGUAUAUGAUCAUGGUGAAAUGUUGGAUGAUCGAUGCAGAUAGCCGACCUCGUUUCAGGGAACUAAUAGCUGAGUUUACAAAAAUGGCUCGGGAUCCUUCUCGUUAUCUUGUCAUUCAGGGUGAUGACCGCAUGCACUUGCCGAGUCCUACAGACACUAAAUUCUACCGCAGCCUGAUCAGCGGGGAGGACAUGGAGGAUGCAGUCGAUGCAGAUGAAUACCUGGUACCACAACAUGGUUUCUUCAGCAGCCCAAGCACUUCUCACACCCCGCUGCUGCACUCCACGAGCCUCAACAGUAGCAUUGGAGCAUGUCAUGGCAGAAAUGGCUUAUUGAAUGGAUUCCCAAGCAGAGAUGGAAGCAUGGUUCUUCGGUAUAUUCCUGACCCCACAGACAAAACUUUAGAAGACGCCUUCCAGCCAGCUCCAGACUACAUGAACCAGAAUGGAGUCUCAGACAUGAUGAAUCCCAUUUACCAGCACCCUGGUCCUCCUCGUACCCUUCUUCCCACAAUCUCUUCAGAUGACACAGAGACUGAGUACCUAAACUGCUUUAAGAAUGGGACCAACGGACCCGAGUACCUCAAUGAGGUCCCAUACCCCGCUAUUCUCCCUCUCACUUCCAACGGCACAGUCCACAGUAUUCAGAAAUACCAGCCCCAGAAUAGCAUAGACAACCCCGAUUACCAACAGGAUUUCACCCCCACUUUCAAGACCCACACAAAUGGACACAUCCCAGCAGCGGAGAACACAGAGUAUCUGGGUCCAGACUGAGGAUUUGAUGUUUUUGAUUUGAAUAGACAAACAGACAAUAAAUAAGAGACUGUUUCCUCUUCCGUUAGAAGAAAGACAAUG